GAGCGCUUAGUCUGCCUCAGCUGGGUCCACUGCUGUUUGGGCUCGGGGUGAUAAAGACUGGAGGAGCGUCGGUGGUGGCAGUUUUCUUUCGGUGGGUGUCUCUCUGUUGUGGCUUUUAUACCCUUGCUCGCCGCGUGAACUUCCCUUCUCACCCUGUUGCCAAAUCCAACAUAAACCUGCAGGGAUACGAAAUAUUCGCCGAGUAUCGCUCUCAGCGUCAGCAUCGUCAAGAUGGGCCUCUUCCACCACCACCACAGUAGCUCCAGCUCCAACCACACUUGCCCGUCGCAUGCCGUCUCCGAAGAUGAAACCUCCAAUCUCGUGGGCAACCUGUCCUUCUACCACUUCAACAUGAUCAUCUCCGGCGCCAGCACGGUACUCGCCUGUCUGAUCAUCCUGGCGCUCAUGAUCCGCCAUACCCUCCACUUCAGCAACCCCAUCGAGCAGACCCGCGUCAUGCGAAUCAGCAGUCUCGUCCCCGUCUACUCCAUCUUUUCGUUCCUGGCCGUCUGCUUCCCCGCCGGAUACGUCGACUUCACUGCCUGGCCCGACCCGGUCGAGGGCGUCGCCCUGUACUGCUUCUUCCUCCUGCUGUGCGAGUUCAUGGCGACCGACGACGAGCAGCGCAUGCAGCUGCUCGCGGCGCAGCAGAUCAAGAAGCGGUUCUCGAAGAAGCCGCCCAUGGACGGGUUGACUUGGUUCAAGCGCACCUAUUUCGCCAUUGUGCAGUACCCCUUCGUCGCGCUGGCCUGCACCGUCAUCACCUGCAUCACCCAGGCCGCGGGCGUGUAUUGUCUCGAUAGCAAGAAGCCCUACUUCGCGCACAUCUGGAUCACCAUCAUCAAGAACCUGUCCCUCUCCAUCGCCGUCCCCUGCGUGCUCAAAUUCUACAUGCAGCUGAAGAAAGAAAUGGAAGGCCGUCGCGCAUUCGCCAAGCUCUGCGCCUUCAAGCUCAUCGUCGGUCUGACCUUCGCCGAAAGCAUCCUCUUCACCAUCCUCCGCACAGCCGGAAUCCUCAAGGCCACCUCCGUAAUGACCUACACCGACAUCACUGUCGGCCUCCCCGAGAUGAUCAUCUGCAUCCAGAUGGUGCCCCUGGCGCUGUUCUUCCACUACGCCUACAGCGUGAGCCCCUACAGCAACUCCCCCGGACUCCUCCGCAAACGCUACGAGCCCGUCGAUGGCGGCGACACCGAGAUCAAGUUCCCGGUCAAGUACCAGGGUGGCAUCUUGGGAGUGAACGCCUGGCUGAUGUUCUUCAAUCCGGUCGAUCUGGUCCGCGAGUUCCAGUAUCCGAUUGCGUUGCUCCGGAUGGUGGGGACCGGGGGCGCGGACCACGAGAUUUUGACAACGGAGAUGCAGACGGAGAGGUAUGAGGGGCUUUAGAUUUGGGGUUCGCAUGGUUUAUGAUCGGGUGGGUGGUGUUUGUGGCGUUUAAUGAUUUUUUUUUUUUUUU